AUGUCCAGCAACAGCACAACAACGGCCAAUGUCCCCUCCAGCACGGGGCCGACCCUUAUCAUCAGCAGCACUUCAGUGCCACCAGUGCCGCCUCCUACUUUAACGACUUCUUCGGCUUUGCCACCUACUCCUUCUACUUCCUCGUCUCCACUACCACCACCACCACCACCACCACCACCACCACCACCAUCAUCGACACCCGCUACUUCGACAUCUCAACCGCAACCAACAACAAGCUCGUCCAUAGCUGUGCCUCCGUCAACAACAUCGACACCGCCCCCCACUACACAGUCGGUUGGAACGAAAACCUUUACCAGUGUCCAAAUUAUCACGACUGAAGGGGAAACACGAACCAAGAUUACGCAAAUCAUUACUACCGAGACACGAACACCCUCCGCGGACCCUACCACCUCCGGUCCAUCGACAACCUCAUCGGCCGGUGCCAUUGAUCCUACUAAGGAUGCUUCCUCUGGCGGUGGCGGGUUGGGAAAAGGCGGGAAAACUGCCAUUGCGGUAGUGGUGCCCAUUGUCGCUGUUGCCCUAUUGGUAUUGGCGGGUAUCUUCCUCUGGAGAAAGCGGAAGCAAAGGAGGGAUGCCGAGGAGCAGAGGCGAAGGGAGGUGGAAGACUAUGGCUACAAUCCCAACAGCGACCCUACGAUACCUGCCGUUGCCGGUGAUGGUGCUGGUGGAGCGUACGAGAUGAGGGAGGAUGGAACGUCCGGGUACAGAGGCUGGGGCUCUACAACUCUCGCGAGUUCGGCUGGAAGAAAGGCUUCGACGACCAUCUCUGGUGGUGGCAUGCCCGGCGUUGCUUAUUCCGACGCCACAUCACCAACUCGAGGAACCGUAUCCGACGCACGAUCUGGUGAGCCGUUGAUUGAACCGCCUUCGCCCGAAGGCGAGAUUUUGGGAGCAAUGGGACCCUCGGCCGGUGACAACAGAGACGCCAAUGUUCACCGAGGACCCUCAAACGCAUCGUCGCAUUAUAGCGCAGCUGCCCGCUCUGACGAGUCCGACGAAGCCCCUAUCGGAGUUGCCUAUGGAGGAACACAGAGUUACUACGAGCCGCAGUACGGUAUCGCCAACCCAUACAACGGCGCCGAGGGUGCCUAUAACGGACCGGUUCCCCCCAACAACUUUGCCCCUCCUGCAGGACCUCCGGUCAUUCGAGAUGUCGUGGCGAGGAGGAACACUCGCAUCGAGAAUUCCGCUCACUACCCCCAGCAGACGGCAGGCAUCUCGCAGAACUUUUAA